UUUAUGACACUUCAGGGCUAUACACCACUCUUCCCCCGAAUAUUUGGUCAUGAAGCAGCUGGAGUUGUUGAGAGUGUUGGGGACGGCGUUAAAAACCUCAAGCCCGGGGAUCAUGUGCUUCCAGUUUUCACAGGGGAGUGUGGGGAUUGCGUGCAUUACAUGUCUGAGGAAAGCAAUAUGUGUGACCUGCUGAGAAUCAAUACAGAUAGAGGAGUUAUGACUGGUGAUGGGAAACAAAGGUUUUCCAAGAAUGGGACUCCUAUUAAUCACUUUCUUGGCACGUCCACCUUCAGUGAAUAUACAGUCAUCCAUGAAGGCUGCCUUGCCAAGAUCGAUUCCUUAGCACCGUUAGACAAAGUCUGCAUCCUCAGUUGUGGUGUCUCAACAGGAUUAGGUGCUACUCUGAAUGUGGCAAAACCAAAGAAGGGAUCUUCAGUUGCUGUCUUUGGACUUGGGGCUGUUGGCCUGGCGGCUGCUGAUGGUGCAAGAAUUUCUGGGGCAUCAAGGAUUUUUGGGGUUGACUUGAAUCCCAAGAGGCUUGAGGAAGCCAAGAACUUUGGAGUAAACGAGUUUGUGAGCCCAAGGGACGAGAAGAAACCCUUGCAAUUGAUCUUGGCACAGAAUCCUAGCACCCAAACACAAAACGCAAACAGAAUAUCAAAAAUCUUCAAUUUGUACUAA